CUGCGCCUGUCAAAAGCGUUGCAUUGUUGACCAAAACAACUCCGCAGAAAAUUUCGGUGUGGAAAUUUUCUGAUAAGCUGGAAAAUAAUAAAUUCCCAAUCCGGUACGUUCCGCGGGUGUGCGUGCUCGUGUGUUCGUGUGUGUGUGUGCUAUUUUCGCGACGUGUAGAAAACAGGUGUUUGCUGUGAUUGUGUGCUUCUGUGAGCCUCCCGACCCGACGGAUCAUCGCUCCCCGCUAACAGAUAAAGGGAGCCUGCGGGACCAGCUGAGCCAAACGGAGCGAUAGUGUGUGUAUGUGUGUCAGAAAGAGAGUGUGAGAGAGAGAGAAAGCGAGGCCCGGGACGGGCAGGAGGUCCACACACACACACACACACACACACGCUCGUGUUUAUGUAAUUUAUGCUCAUAUCUCCCGGAGCUGUCACGAAAACGCCCGUUCCCCCGUGCACACAAAGCGCAUUCCCGAUAAAGGCAAAGGCAACGCUGUACUACAAGCCCGGCCAGCCGUCGUGCGCUUUUGUGUUCUGCUGCUGUUUGUCAUCCUCCCUUCCCCCCCCUCCCCUCUGUCCCGCAGUUUCUCCGCCGUAAGCAACCGGCCAGUCGUGUGCGUGCGUGUGGCGUGAGAUGCGUUACGGAAGCGGGUAGAGCGAGCGGGACAGCGAGCGAGUGCAAGCGUAGAGCACCAAGACGCAACCGACAGUGGCUGAGGGGCGGACGGUGCAUUUCUGAUAAGCUGAACGACCUCUGACUUGCCCUAAAACGGCCUGGGUCCGAGAAGGUUCUAACGUGCCGUGUCAACCGUACGGCCCUUCUACGAUCGCCACACGCCUAGGGUUGAGGCAGCUCACGGUCGCUAUCCAAUAGUGCGGAACAGCUGAUACACCAACCACACACACACACACACACACACACACGGACAAAAAAUCCCCCCAGUCAGUCCAAUCGGAAAGCAACAUGCGCUUGGUUUAAGGUCACACGCGCGUCCACCCAAUCAACCUCCCAUUCGCGCGCGCCCACGCGUGUGUAUGUGUGUGUGUGAUCAGCACGAUCAGCAUUGUCACCCAGCCGGCCCAACCCGGGGCCCAACAUCAACCCCUUGAGUUGCCCUAGUACGCAGCAUCCCAGCAAGAGCCGCUCCACUUAGCACAGCAUGGUGGAACCGAUGUUCGAUUACCAAUUCCGGCACAUUCUCAUCGGGGACAGCACGGUCGGCAAGUCGUCGCUGCUCAAGUACUUUACCGAUGGCAAAUUUGCAGAGCUCUCCGAUCCGACGGUAGGGGUCGAUUUCUUUGCGCACCUGAUCGAGGUGAUGGACGGCACCCGGAUCAAGCUGCAGCUGUGGGACACGGCCGGCCAGGAGCGGUUUCGCUCGAUCACCAAAUCCUACUACCGGAACUCGGUCGGCGUGCUGCUCGUGUACGACAUCACCAACCACGCCAGCUUCGAGCACAUCCCGCUGUGGAUGAUGGAGGCGAAGCGGCACAUCGAGCCGCACCGGCCGGUGUUUGCGCUGGUCGGCUGCAAGCUCGAUCUCGUCACGAGCGGGGCGCAGCAGCGCGAGGUGAGCAUCGAGGAGGCGCGCACGUUCGCCGAGCAGCACGGGCUGAUCUUCGUGGAGACGUCCGCCCGGUCCGGCAUGAACGUGCGGGAGGCGUUCACGCUCGUCACGCAGGAGGUGUACAACCGGAUCAAGAGCGGCGAGUACAAGGUCGAGGACGGCUGGGACGGCAUCAAGAAGGGCUUCAUGCGGCCGAACAAUCUCGACUUCAACCUGGUGGUGGCCGAAUCCGCCCGAAGUACCUGCUGUUAGUUGGGUCGGUUUUGGGGCGGGCGGGUAAACCUAUUUUUUUUCUUUCCAAUCCCGCCACUUCUGUGACACACCGCUCCGUACGCACCUUCCCGUAAGCGUACGUGGUACACACAGACACACACACAUACACACAUACAUUCAAGCGCGUGCGGCACCAUCCUUUGAGCGGUGCGAUCCAAAGAAUCAAAACAGAUGCGCAAUUUAGGUAAAAUCGGCAUCGAAUGGGGUAUAACGGACGGUUUGAAUCCUGGCUUCCCGCUCUUCCUCGAGGAACGUGCUCGCUGGGGGUGGGGGUGUGGG